AUGCAGUACUUGAAAAUUGCAGCAGUCGUCUUAGUUUGUUCAGUCCUGCUUUCUCAGACACACUGUGCUGCAUUACAUCCACAAAGUUCUGUGCUGACGAGGCUUAAGAGAAUGACACCUUUCUGGAGAGGAGUCACAAGGCCAGUUGGAGCAUCAUGCAGGGAUGAUAGUGAAUGCUUCAGUAGACUAUGCAGGAGUAAACGCUGUUCUGUAACAAUAUCGGAAGAAUGAUUCUUCACUAUGGAAAAGAAAAUGCUGUUGCUUUCACUGACAAUGUUCCUGUUUAUUUAUUAUU